UAAGGAUAAGGUUUUAGAGAAGAAAAGCCCUAAAAUGGACUGAACAAGAUAUUCUUUUUUAAUCCAUUCUCAGAAGAAGAAAAAGGAAAACAUGGCAACUUUCUUUGGAUCUCCACCAUUUCUGUCUCACCCACUUACAAGAACUCACCAGUUUGCUUCUUCAUCUCCAACUCCUCCUCCUCCAAGUCCAUCUUCACAAUCACCAUCAGAACCACAAACUCCAACUCCGUCUUCACAGUUAAGCACAAGCUCACCUGACCAACCAACACCUGUUACUGUUAAUAAGCAGCAAGAGAAGCCUGCAAAACCUGCCACUAUUGAAACUACAGACUGGAUAGCUUCAACCUUAACCAGGAGGUUUGGUCUUGGUGCAGGCCUUGCUUGGGCAACUUUUCUAGCUGUUGGAGUUAUCUCUGAGCAGAUAAAAACCCGCCUUGAAGUCUCUCAAGAAGCAGCCAAUACAAGAAAUGUUGAAAAGGAAGAGGAAGUGGUGUUGCCUAAUGGCAUCAGAUACUAUGAAUUGAGAGUUGGAGGUGGUGCUGCUCCCAGAACAGGAGACUUGGUGGUGAUUGAUUUGCAGGGGAAAGUUGAAGAAACUGGGAAAGUAUUUGUUGACACAUUUAAUGGUGAAAAGAAGAAGCCAUUGGCUUUGGUAAUGGGUUCAAGGCCUUAUAGUAAAGGAAUGUGUGAGGGAGUUGAGUAUGUAUUGAGAUCAAUGAAAGCAGGAGGGAAAAGGAGAGUGAUAAUUCCUCCUAGUUUAGGGUUUGGAGAGCAGGGUGCAGAUUUGGGUUCUGAUAUGCAAAUUCCUCCAUUUGCAACUCUUGAGUACAUAGUUGAAGUUGAUAAAGUCUCCAUUGCACCAGCUUGAAUAUGUACAGUCACAUUUUUACUGAUUCUUACCUGUUCUUCUCGAGAGUCAUGAAUUUGUAUCAGAAGGGACACAAAGUUGAUUACCAAGUAAAUGUAAUCCCAUGUGCUUGAUUAACUCAGAUUUUUUUAUAAUA